UUGACUGGAAAUUAGUUUUAGUUAUCAUUAAUUUAAAUAAAAAGAAAUUGUUGUAUAAUAAAUAGAGUAUAAGAAAUUUUAAUUUUUAAUAAAAUUAUAAAAUGAGAAAUACGGUUUUAAAAUUAUAUAAAGAUUUAUUGCGUUAUGGUGAAAAUUUGAAAUAUACAGAUAAAAAAUACUUUCGAUUCAGAAUUCGUAAAAAUUUUAAACAAAAUAAACAUUUAAUUGAUCAAAGAGAGAUUGACUUUCAGUUGCAGAAAGGGAAAAAACUCUUACAAAAUCAACGAAUAGUAUAAAUAUAGAAUUUUUUAUAGUGAAAUUAAACAAAUAUAAUUAUAUAAUGUUUAUUGCAAUACUGAAAUUGUUUAGUAGAAUAUAUUUCAACGAACGUAGUAAUACGUAUAUAUUAUCAGUACUUUUUAAAAAAAUGUCUGAAUCUUUACAUUAUAAAAUCAAUAAUAUUAAUUGCUAUGAUUUGUUAAAUGGUGGGAAACAAAUUCGAUAUAAAUCAUACAAACGUUUUUUGGAUUAUUCAAGAGUACCUAAGCUUGAAGAAAGUGAUUUACAAGAGCAAUUUGUGAAAGGAUCUGGACCUGGUGGCCAAGCAACUAACAAGACAUCUAAUGCAAUAGUUUUAAAACACAAACCUACAGGAUUAGUUGUAAAAUGUCAUGAAACUAGAAGUUUAGAUCAAAAUAGAAAAAUUGCUAGAAAAAUACUGUUAACAAGGUUAGAUAAUUUAGUUAAUGGUCAAAAUUCUCUUCAAAAUCAAAAGGAACAAUUAAUGAAAAGAGAUUCUAUUAAGAAAAAACAAAAGAAAAAAAAACUUCAAGAUUUAAAAAAUGCAUUCAUAGAACGCGAGAAUUUAAAAUAAUCAAAAAUAUAACAUAAUAAAUUAUUUAAAAAAAUUUUUAAAUAUUUAU